CUGAGCCAUUGGGAAUCAAAAUUAUAAAGAUCAUUCACCAUAAAGUCUAUGUUAAAAUUAUUUUCACCAGCAGCUAUUAAAAAACACACACAAAUGGGUGCUCUGGACUUCGCAGAAGAGAGCGGAAUAGGGGGGCUCGGGGCUUGCCUGCAUAUUGCAGGGCUGUCUGCACGUGGACAACAUAUUUCCUCUAAUUUACAGUGUGUUUUUCCUCAGCACUUGAUUGCCAGUGUUAAGACUCAACUUUUUCUUCUAAAUGCAGCUUAUGAUACAUGGCAGCAUGAAGUUUCAUGGCUCGUGAUGCCUAUUCAGGUCAGCUUAGCUCCACCAACGGUUGAUCCUCAUGGCAACUUGCAUGAAUGCAGAAACAACUAUGCUCGUUGCACAACAUCCCAAAUUGGUUUUCUACAAGGUGAUUUGAUCAUAUGUUUUAAUCUCUGUUAUUGUAAAAAAAAAAAAUAGGAUCUU